CUGCCCUUAUUUCAUUUAAUGUUAACGUAGCAAUGCUAUGAAAUAUUUAUAAGAUUCAAUUUCUGAAACUCGGCACUGCGCUUGCGUAAAUUCCUGUCAAAUCAAACAGUGUUUGGCGGGCUGAUAAUAAGUCUAGGUCGUUUGAUCACGAUGAAAUUGUUUCUUUUAUUAGUCGCCCGACAGAUAUCAUACAUUUCUCACGCCUUUGACGACCUACCGUACGUAAUAUUGAAUCUUACUUACAACGAAGAUGUCCAGUAGACAAUUUUGUUAUGAUAAAACGAUGGCAAGACAAAACGGAGUUGUUCAACCUUUACUCACAGAUUUAUAUCAAAUUACAAUGGCAUAUGCAUAUUGGAAAUCUGGUAAAGUGAAUGAUGUUGCUGUGUUUGAUUUAUUUUUCCGUACAAAUCCCUUUCAAGGAGAAUUUACCAUAUUCGCUGGACUCGAAGAAUGUUUGAAGUUUUUACAGAAUUUUAAAUAUUCAGAUAGUGAUAUUGAUUACUUAAGACAAACACUACCUUCGACCAUUGAAUGUGAAUUUUUCGAUUAUCUCAAGGACUUAACUUGUAAGGAUAUCAAAUUGAGUGCAAUAGAAGAAGGAUCUGUGGUUUUCCCAAGAGUUCCCUUACUACGAGUCGAAGGACCUUUGAUUAUCGCUCAGAUAUUAGAGACGACGUUAUUGACCCUGGUUAAUUUUGCAAGUUUAAUGGCAACAAAUGCAGCUCGAUAUAGAAUGUUUGCUGGAAAAAAUAUAUCUUUACUCGAAUUUGGCUUAAGAAGAGCUCAAGGCCCCGAUGGGGGUUUAUCAGCAUCAAAAUAUGCUUACAUCGGCGGCUUCGACGGCACAAGCAACGUGCUAGCUGGCAAAAUGUUCAACAUCCCCGUUAAGGGCACGCACGCGCACUCUUACGUGACGUCAUUCAGUUCGCUGGACGACAUCCAGCGCGUCACGUUGCGUCACGCCACAACACAGACGCAGUGCGACCUGCUGCAGCUGGCCCUGGGCUGGCGGACCCGCCUGGCGCCCAUACUCGCGGAACAAGCCAGCGACGGGGAACUGGCCGCCCUCAUAUCCUACGCCAUCGCCUUCCCCACCGGCUUCCUCGCGCUCGUCGACACGUACGAUGUGAAGAGGUACCUUAACCCCGCCAAUCGCAACUGUGGCACCAAUGGCCGAACUGACCCGACUUACCGUAGUGCUGGAUCUAGCCCGCUCGAACGCACACUGAGGAGCGGGCUACUAAACUUUAGUGCAGUGGCGCUAGCGCUCAACGACUGCGGCUACAGAGCCGUGGGAAUUCGCAUAGAUAGCGGUGACUUGGCAUAUCUAUCAGUUCUCGCGAGAGAUACCUUCAAGCAAAUAGCUGAAAUGUUCCAUUUACCAUGGUUCGCUAAACUGACUAUUGUGGCCUCUAAUGAUAUAAAUGAAGAGACGAUAUUGAGCCUUCAUGAACAAGGACACGCUAUCGACUGCUUCGGCAUUGGAACGCACUUGGUAACAUGUCAAAGGCAACCCGCUCUUGGUUGCGUAUAUAAAUUGGUGGAAAUAAAUGGACAGCCACGAAUCAAACUCAGUCAAGAUGUCGGCAAAGUCACAAUUCCAGGGCAUAAAGAGGCAUAUCGGUUAUUCGGUGCCGAUGGUCACGCGUUAAUAGACUUAUUACAACGGUCUUCGGAACCCGCACCAGAAGUCGGACAGAAAGUGCUCUGUAGACAUCCGUUCCAAGAAUCCAAGAGGGCCUAUGUUAUUCCUAGCAAAGUGGAACAUCUUUAUAAGAUAUAUUGGAAAGAUGGUCAAAUUACAUACCCACCAAAACCACUGUCAGAAGUGCGUGAGAGAGUGCAGGCUUCCCUAAGAACUCUGAGGCAAGAUAUUAAGAGGAGUCUAAACCCUACACCUUAUAAGGUUGCAGUAAGUGAUGAUCUCUACAAUUUCAUACAUGAUUUGUGGCUUCAGAACGCACCAAUUGGUGAACUAUCCUGAAACUCCCCAAAACACAGGGAUUACAAUAUUUUUGACACCACUUAUUGACUCUGGUCAAUUGAAAUUUUUUUCAUAUACAAGCAAUAUACAGCCUUUUAUUAUUAUAAUAUUAUGGCUGAUUUUACAUUUUAACAAAACAUUGAAGUUGAAUCAAAACUUAAAACGGCAAUAAUGUCCAUUAAGAUUUUAUCGUAUGAGUACAUAAUACAAUAUUAUAUAUUUUAAUCGUAUUAUCGAUUUAAUUUUUUUAUUUAUUUAAUUUUAUAAUGAUUUCAAGUGAAAAGUGUAGUUUUUACAUGAAUAUAAAUAAUCUAUAACAAAAGAAAUGUUAAAAUCAAAGUUAAAUACUCUUAUCCGAGCAUACUGAGUGCAUAAAGAAAAUAAAGGAGACAAUUUUAUAAUUUUUAUCUUAUACAGCAAGUUGCCUUUGUUUUUAUCUGUGGGCCAAUAAAAAUUGUAAAACCAUAUAUUUUAUAAUAUUAUGUAUCUAAUAUUUUGUUGAUUACAACAUACAUAUUUAAGUAGGUAAUAAAACAUAUGACUAAAUAGCAUUUACGUCUGUAGGUAAGAUAAUAAAUAAGAUAUGUAGGUAAUAGAAUUGUAGAAUGAUUUUCAUAUUAUAAUGUUUUGGAUAAAGAUUUUGCCAUCUCGCUCAAAAUGUUCAGUCAAAGACUUAAAAAUGUACGUUUCAAAUGUAUAGGAACUUUUGUUAUUCAUCUAACGAUUCUGAAGAUAUAUGAAUUUGAGAUGAAUAUCCAAAAGAGUACUUUAAAUAUUCAUGUAAAAUCAUGUUUGAACUAUGAAAUAAAACUUUUUGUAUAUAGUGGGAAUUCCUAAAAAUGUAGGAAACACAGUGGGUAGGUACAUACCAUAUUGAGCUGACUUCACAUUUUGAAUGUAAAUAAAUAAAAAUAAAAAAUGCGAAUGUCGAAAAAAACAUGUAUUUUUUGUAAAACGAGGUACUAUUUUCAGGUUCUUCAUAAAACCUCUUAAAUGCAUAAACUCAUAAGUCAUAAUAUGUAUCUUAUAUGUAUGUUUCAGAAGAAUCAAUUAAAAUUACACUCUACCUUAACUAUUACGCACAUUUGAAAUCGUUUUCUUGAUACUACAUAAUAAUGGUACAUUUAUUAUAUUAUUUUUGUAACUUAAUCAUGUAUGAAUUGAAAAAAAGACCUAAUCUAGAAAUUAAUAUUAAUUAGAUAUUCCUCCAUGUUUUUAAGCCUCUUCCAUAGAGGAACAUGGUCAUUUUUUAUCAAGCUUUUCCAGGGUGAUCUACAUUACUAACAGAAUAAAAAUAUAGGCAAACAUAACAUCUUUUUGAACCAUAAUAUUUUAACAAAUUUAACACUAUCAACUAUGUAAUGAUAUAAGGAACCAAGGGUGUUUAUCUAAAUUCUAAUCUUUUUUGUCAACUUUAUAGUGUUUUGCCUUCGCUGCUCUUGGAAUAAAGAGCUAUUAGUCUAUACACUCAUUCCAAUGGCUUUGUUCCUUUAUGGAAUAAAAUUUUAUAAUUAAAGGAAACCUAGACAGACAUUUUAAUGUCUGAUAAUGUUCAGAUUGCUGUAUUUGUAACAUUUUUUACAUUAUUGUAUACAGUACAUACUAGAAUAUGGAAUUAGAAUAAGUGUAUUUUUGUUUAUAUAAUAAACAUGAAAACUAAUUAUUGUAAGGCCAACGAAACGAGAUAAAAAAAACGUACAUAUAUACGUUCGGAUUGAUCAGUACCAAGUUGCAUUGCAAUAGUAACGUUUGUUAUAUUCUAUCAUUCUUUCAUACGCAUUAAUGUCGUAAAGCUUAUCAACUCAAUUUAUGUUGUUGCUUAAAUUGGUACAGGAAAGUGGGUAGAAAACGGUCGCGGUCGCUUUUAUUUUCUGAACAAGUUCAUUUGUAUUGUGAUUGUUUUUGAGGUGAUAGGAUCAAAACAAUAAUUUCUGUAUUAUAUACCCACAGUUACAGUUUCUGGUUGGUUUAACUGACAGUUUUGUAUAUUUUUGUAUUGUAAAGUAAGAUAAAAAUGUUUUAAACCGUCAAAAGAUUAUUUAAAUUCUUUAUCUCGUUUAAUUGGGCAUAAUAUAGAUUAUAGAAUGUAAGAAUAGUUGUAUUUUUUGCUUUUAGUCGUGUUCUAGCUUAAUAGCUCCAAUUCUAAUGUUGUGAUCAAGAACGAAACUAUAAGUAGAUAUAAAAAAUCGUGGCUGUAGAUUUGAAUUUAUAAUUCCAGUUAUUUUUUCCAAUGAUUUGUGGAUAUGGUUUUCUAAUGAGAGGUUAAAAGGAGGUUGAUAAGAUCAAAUUAUAAUGACAUAGUUGGUUGUAUAUAAGGGAUAAUUUAAAGAAAUAUAUUUGGGUUAAAUAAUGUUAUACUUACUACAGAACAAUCAGAAACUAGUAUAUUAUGUAUAUUUAUGACAUAUUUUGUAAAAUGUUUAGUUUGUAAUGUAAAUUAAAUGAAAAAAUUGUUAUCCAUUGAAAUUUUUAUGAAUAGUUUAGAGAGUGUUGGAUAUCCAAAGAUUAUGUGCCUAUUUUGUAAAUUAUGCAUAUUACACUAUUUUAUUAUAUUUUAAAACAAAGUAUUUGUAAGUCACAAAGAGCACUGGGCUGUUGAACAAUAUUAUUGUGCCUUUAAUGCAGCAUAAUCAGCACAUAUUUUAUGAUAGUUUUGAUGUUGUGAUGGGUUCCGUAGCUUUGUGCUUGUAGCAGGUAGAUUGAUGUGGACGUGGUAAUAAAAAUGAUUUUUAUAAAA